AUGUACACUACUACGUCUGCUCAAAGCCUUGAAGAGCUCAAUCGACAGAAGCAACAAGUAGAAAUGAUUCGACAGUAUUUACAAGUCACAAAUGUCAAUUCAAUAAAUCCCGUUCCGAUCAAACACCCGACACCAGUUGUCGAAUCAUGUCCAGUCACCAGUGUCGCAAUCAUACCGUCAUUAGCGUCGUUGAAUUUAGCUGAACUUCGAGUAGAUUUGAAGAUGGCUGAAGAACGUGUCGAACGUUUACGAGAAGAGUUGGAAGAAAUGAGAAGAAAACGUCACGAUUCUCUAGUACGAUCUCCUCCUCCACCAUACGUACCUCCAUCUACCAAACAAGCAAGUUCAGAAUCAGUAAAUCACAGCAGAACUACUCCACCACCUCCGUUUGUACAGGAACUUACAUCAUCAUCUCAACAACAACAACAGCAGCAGCAGCAGCAACAAAAUCCACGCUCGAUCGCUCCUAAUAUGAUCUCAUCCCCAAUACUAUUCUCUCCUCGCAAUUCUUUUAAUCAUUUCACCCCAAUUUCAGUAGAUGCGUCGAAAGAUCAUUGUCAACGACAAUUUCUUCUGACAAUGAGUCAACAUCGUGAACAGCUUGUCGUUCAUCUGGACUCGUUAAAGCAAGCUUUGAACUCCCUCGAGCGAUUAGCUACGUUGGAGCCGACACGCACUGAACUUCAUCUUGCUAAUAUGAAACUUGAUAAAAUCCAGCAGAAAAGUCGACAACUUCGUGCUUUGAAAUCCAAUCGUGCAAAUCAGCACUCACCGUUUAUUGAAUGUCGCAUCCGACAGCUAGAACACGAUUUAGUCUACAUGCUAAGUGAGCAUCAAAAAGACGUUCAAGCCAAACUUGAACUUAACGAACAACAAAGUCUCCUUCUACUUAAAAUUAUGCAAGUACAAGAUGAAUUAUCAUCUGUCGAUCAACAAAUCCAACAAUUAUCACAAAAUAAUAACAAUAACAGCAGUAGUAAGGACAUGCAACGCAUAAAUUUAUCAUCAUCGUCCGAUGAAAUGUAUACACAACAACAACAACCGCCCCAAUAUCCAUUGCGUUUUGUCAAUGCAACAAAUAACUCUCAUGAACAAUCUUUUCCAUUUCGAGAUCGAACAGACAAUAAUCCCUUGUCACGAAUAUCUAAUAUUUAUUCUCACCAGUCUCAUUAA